AUGGCCCAUUCUGUUCCAGGUCCCCAGGUGAGCCCAGGCCUCGCCCUCCUCAUGUGGUUCACCGCCCACUGCUCUUGUCCCCAGGCCCAGGGCUUCUCCCAGGGAGGGCUGGAUGCCAGCAGGACUGACCUGUGGGCCAGUGCCGACGCCUCCCUCCUGCACAGCUUCUGGUGCCAGCCGGCCAGCCAGCUGCCCCGGGACCAGCUCUCCGCUCUCAUCAGGGCGAUGGCGACUCGCCGGGUCCUCCUCAGAGCCUGGCAGCUCAGCUGCCUGGCCAACCUGGCCGCGCUGCACGGCCUCCAGGACGACUUUGAGCUCCACCCGCCGGACCUGCUGCUUUUCUACAACCUGACGCAGGUGAGGGAAGCCGACUGCCGGGCCUUCACCCACCGUGCCGCCCAGGGGGACACGGAGCUGCUGGCCAACCUGCCGGACCAGAGGGCCGCCCUGCAGCGUGUGGCCUUGGCCUGCCUGGGAGGACCCCGCUUGCGGCUCAGCGCCUCUGACCUGCUGCUCCUCGGGGUCCUGGUGUGCGACAUGGACGCGUCCAGCAUCGUGGCCGCUGACCCCCGUGUGCUGCAGAAUCUGCAGCGUUGCCAUCGGCUGACCGCCCCCCAGCAAGCCGCCCUCAACACGCUGCUGGCCAGUGGGGAGACCACGCUUGGGCCUCCGGGUUCCUGGAACCUAGAGGGGCUGCGGGCUCUGGGACCCCUGGCCACCUACAUCAGCUCCAGCCUGUGGAUGCAGGUGCAGCAGGUAGGGUGCUCUGGAGUGGGGGGUUGUCCAGCUGGCUGUGGACAAGGGGAGGGGCGUCCGGCCGGCCUCCCACCAGCCACUCCGCUGGGGACCGGUGUCCCCAGUCCCUCCCUGCCCCAGGCUUUCCAUCCGUGGGGCGGGAGGAGGAACCAGGGGCCCCUGCCAGCCCCUGGCCAGGGUAUGGAGUCUGUAUGCCCGCUCUGCCAGGCUGUGGGCCUGGACUUCUUCGGCAGCACGGUGGCCACGUACCGAGCUGGGCGGCUUAGCCAGCAGGACGCCAGGCGCUUCGUCACUGGCUUUCUGAAGGCCAAGGCUGAGUCGGUGUCCUCUCGGCCCAAGCGGGGCACAGCCACAGGGAGACCCUGCCUCCGCGGGGACAUCACGGCGGCCACGCUGCGCGACGACCUCUUUCUGGUGCACUAUGACUGCGUGCAGCUGGAGUCCUGCCUGGGGAGCCGCGUGCUCAAAGCCAACCUGGACCCCCUGCUGCAGCACCCGCUGCCGGCCGAGUGCCAGCGCGUCGUUAAGGCCAAGCUGGCUCGGGUCUACCCGCGCGGGGUCCCCGAGGAGCAGCUGCCGCUCAUCGCCUCGCUGGUCUACCUCUACUCCCGCUCCGAGAUCGGCCAGUGGAACGUCACGUCCAGAGACACCGUCGUGGCCCUGCUGGCCUCAGAUGUGGCCCUGGAGAACCAGACUGAGGCUGUGCUACAGAAGUACCUGGACCACAACGGCACCCUCACCGGCGCCCUGCUCGUGGCCAUCGGGGGCUCCCGCCUCUGCUGGAUGAGUGCCAGGCAGAUCCAGGCCAUCAGGCCCUCGGAGUUCCGAGCCGGAAAGACGUGCUCUACGCCAAGGCCCGCGAGGCCUUCGGCAGCACCAGGACCAUGGCUGCCUAUUACCGCUUCAUGCGUCCUUACCUUGGUGAGACCCUGCCCUGUGUGCAGCAGCCCAUCCCCAGAAGCCCGCCGCCCCUCUCCCCUCACCACUGCCCGGCCCCCAGGAGGUGCCCCCGUGGAGGAGCUGCGGCAUCUGGUCCAGGCGAACGUCUCCAUGGACAUCGACACGUUCACCAAUCUGAACCCCCGUGUGCUGCAGAGCCUGAGUGUCGGCAAUGUGACGACACUGCUGGGCCAGAACGUGGGGGACCUACAGAAGGCACGGAGCCACCCGACCAUCAGCUCUUGGCUACGCAGCCUCAACAGGUCGGCCCUUGGCGAGCUGGGCCUAGACACGGACCCUGGCGGCCUCAGCGGCCCAGGCCGCUCCACCACCGUCACCCCCAACACCGCGCCCCGGGGGCCCUACCCAGCCCCCACGUCAGGCCUUCCCAGGCACAGCGCCCCCGCCUCCGGCAGCCCACCAGCCCAUCUGGGGUACCUGCCACUCUCUGUGGCCCUGCCCUCUGGCCUCCUGUGGCUGCUGUACUGGGGCACCCCAGGGCUCAGCCAGGACUGCUCCUGGGACACCCGCACUAUGGCCUCUGAAGACGGCGCCGCCCCAGCACCACGAGCAGGGAAACGGGGGCUGGUAGCUGGAGUCCACCAUGUCCGGCAUUCUAGGGGCCCGCAGGACUGGUCCCCACCCACAUCCAGCUCCCAGGACAGGGAGCUGGAAUGAGGAUCUGGGCCCACCCCGAGGCCAGCCCUGAAGAGUUGACAGAGAC